UGUUUAAUGGGUAGUGCCUGUUGUAAAGGUCUAACUGCAGUUAAGAUGGCUCAACUUCUUGCCCAACCAGGUGCUGGGGAAUUGCAGAGAAUUCAUUCCUCUCCCUUUGGAUUGCCUGGUUCUGGUACUCAGACAAAUGUUGGUCUUUCACAACAACUUCAGGCAGCUUGUGCCAGAUCACAACUGGAACACAUGGUUGCUUUGGAUAUUGAUUCUGAGCCUUGUCAUGUGCGUAUGAGUGGAAUUGUCUGUACUAUAGGCCCAGCUUGCAAAGAUGUUGAUUCUCUAAAGAAGAUGAUGAUUGAAGGAAUGGAUGUUGCCAGACUUAAUUUUUCUCAUGGAUCAUAUGAAUACCAUGGUGAAACUAUUAAGAAUGUGAGAGAAGCUACCCAGAAGUUUGAUAAACCGAAGAUAAUUGCUGUUGCACUGGAUACAAAAGGACCCGAGAUAAGAACAGGCCUUCUCAAGGGUGGUCCCUCAGCUGAAGUGUCUUUGAAAACGGGAGCAAAAAUAAAGAUUACAACAAAUGAGAGUGCUAUGGAGGCUUGUGAUGAAAAUACUUUGUAUGUUGAUUACAAAAACAUUACCAAAGUCAUGAAAGUAGGAUCUCGAAUGUACAUUGAUGAUGGCUUAAUUUCUGUUAUUGUUAAAAACAUGGGUUCUGACUAUAUGGAUUGUGAAAUUGAAAAUGGUGGUGACCUUGGUAGUAAGAAAGGCUGCAAUUUACCUGGAGUUCCUGUUGAUUUGCCUGCUGUAUCAGAAAAAGAUAAACAAGAUUUGCUAUUCGGUGUAGAACAAGACGUUGAUAUGGUGUUUGCUUCUUUUAUAAGAAGUGCUGAUGGUGUUCGAGAAAUCAGAAAAAUUCUUGGAGAGAAAGGAAAAGACAUUAAAAUUUUUGUGAAAAUUGAAAACCACCAAGGCGUGAAAAACUUUGAUGAAAUUUUGAAGGAAACUGAUGGGGUCAUGGUUGCGCGUGGUGAUUUGGGUAUUGAGAUUCCUCCUGAAAAAGUGUUUUUAGCCCAGAAGAUGAUGAUAGCUAAAUGCAACAAAGCUGGUAAACCUGUUAUUUGUGCCACUCAGAUGUUGGAAAGUAUGGUGAAGAAACCACGUCCAACUCGAGCUGAAGCUGGUGAUGUUGCAAAUGCUGUUCUGGAUGGUGCAGACUGUGUUAUGUUGUCAGGAGAAACUGCCAAAGGCUCCUAUCCUUUGGAUGCUGUUCGUAUGAUGGCUAAAAUUGCUCGUGAAGCUGAAUCUGCUGUGUUUCAUAGUCAACUGUUUGAAGAACUCAGACGUCAGACACCAACUCCAACAGAUGCUACCCACACCGUUGCAAUUGCAGCUGUUGAAGCUUCAUUCAAGUGUCAUGCUGCUGCUAUCAUUGUUAUUACAACAACUGGAAGGUCAGCUCAUCUUAUUUCUGCCUAUCGUCCACGUUGUCCAAUCCUGGCUGUUACUAGAACUGCACAGGUUGCUCGCCAGGCUCACAUGUAUAGAGGGAUUAUUCCAAUUUAUUAUGAAGAGAAAAGAGACAGUCAAUGGACUGAGGAUGUUGAUAAACGCAUUCAGAGAGCUCUGGAAGCUGGGCAUGACCAUGGGUUUAUCUUCAAGGGAGUUCCUCUAGUGAUUGUGACUGGUUGGAAAUCUGGUUCAGGCUUCACUAACACGCUGAGACUUAUCAAUGCACCCGGCAGAGAUGAAAUGACUCCUAUUAUGGCCAGUCACUUUUGAACGAUGUGAUUUUGAUGAUGCUGGGUUGCCAGUUCUUUAGAGACUUACUCUAAACUCCUGUUUCAAUUUAGUGACCUUUUUUUCUUAUAUAGAAUAACAGAUGUCUACCCUGUCUUAAAUAGGGACUUACUUUGUAGUAAAUACAAUCAUGUACUUAUCCUUUCCAUGAAAAGUGUGACUAUAAAAUUAAGUGAUUUUAGUAAUACCUUUUGACUACUUCUGCAGCAACAUCUAAAAUAUUAAGUAUAAUAAUACUUGGAGCUUUCGUUUCUCAAUUUUUCAUUUCUUUCUAUGCUAAUCCCGAUGGUGAUUUCAUUGUUUUUACUUUCAAGAUGAAGGUUUACAUAAAUUUCUGUACAAGAAACUUUCAUUGCUAAGAAUUUUUGAAAAGAAAUAAUCAUGUCUAAUAGAAAAAAAUAACGAUCUGAAGCAAAAUAACACAGUUGUUAACAUGAAUAACUUGUUCUAAUAUAACAUUAG